GCGACGACAGAGGAGAGGAGAGGAAAGGAAAGCAGCGGGGCCGAGAAGAUGAACCGGAGUUUCAACAAAUCUCAGACUCUGCGGUAUCUGGAGUGCAGCGCGGUGGAAGUGAAGAGUAAGUUUGGGGCAGAGUUCAGAAGGUUCUCCCUGGAUCGCUACAAGCCAGGAAAGUUUGAAGACUUCUACAAGCUAAUUCUUCACAUUCAUCACAUAGCCAACCUGGAAGUGAUGAUUGGAUAUGCUGAUGUGCAUGGAGACCUUCUCCCUAUUAAUAAUGAUGACAACUUCUUCAAGGCUGUUUCAAGUGCUCAUCCACUCCUCAGGGUUUUUAUACAAAGACAAGAUGAAGUGGACUACAGUAAUUUUGGGACUAACACGCUGUCAAGGAAGAAGAAGGCUCUGGUAACGCUCCGCAAUGACAACCUCCGCCGCCGUCCUCACAUUAACAUUAGCAUGCCUCACGAUUUUAGACCAGUGUCUUCCAUCAUCGAUGUGGACAUUCUUCCCGAAACACACAGGAGAGUGAGGCUGUAUCGACAUGGCUGUGAGAAACCGUUAGGGUUUUACAUUCGCGAUGGCACCAGCGUGAGGGUUACUCCUCACGGACUAGAGAAAGUACCCGGUAUCUUCAUCUCUCGGAUGGUUCCUGGAGGCUUAGCAGAGAGCACGGGCUUGCUGGCUGUGAAUGAUGAAGUCUUGGAAGUUAACGGUAUUGAAGUAGCAGGAAAGACUCUGGACCAGGUCACAGACAUGAUGAUUGCCAACAGCCAUAAUCUUAUUAUCACAGUCAAGCCAGCGAACCAGAGGAACAAUAUUAUUCGAAGCAGUAGGAUGUCUGGUAGCUCUGGCCAGUCUACAGACAGCACUGCAAGUCACCAUAGCUUGCCUACAUCCCAUGUGCUGCAGAACUUCCACCCGGACGAAAUGGAGAGUGACGAAGAGGCUGAUAUUGUCAUUGAGGGCAGUCUGGAGCCACAGCACAUUCCUAAACUGCACAGCCUUACUUCUAGUAGCCUCUCUCGAAUCAAUGGCAGCAGCCUCAGCCACAGACUUCAAAGGGACCUGGUGAUCAACAACAACUCUGGCCGAGAAAGCAACGGCAGCCUCCAUAAAUUGCUCAGUUCCUUAAAAACUGAUCCCCGACACAGUCUGGUUAUCCCCAGAGGAGGUAUCGAGGAGGAUGGAACAGUCAUUACGCUUUAGUAACUAUUCUGCAACUCUCCUUACAGUCUUAAGUGCCAAAUGGGACAACCGACUCUUGCGACGUGUUAUGCAUGAGACAGAGGGCUGAUAUUCUCACAGACCUCAUGAGUGCAGAAAAUUGUUGCUUUCUAGGAAAAGUGGCAUCUGGAGUUAGACAUAAAACUGUUGUGUUGUGCACUGCAAAAUUUGUUAGAAGAAAGCCAGAGUGUAAAACCUGGUUUUUGUCCCAGCUCUAAAGUGAGAACACAAAUUUGUUUUAGGUGGUAUAAAUUUAAGCAGUCUUAUAGGCCAUCAGUGGCAGUGCUAUACUUAGGUUUGAAUGCAUGGGUGGAUGUAUUUAUACACACAUGUACACAAGUUACAUUUUAAUAGUAGCAGACAUGUCUAUUUGAAGUGGAAUCUGGCUUUCUUCUAAAUACCAGUUUGAAGAGAAUGCUCCUUAAUAGCCAUCCCAUCUACCAUUACAUACAGACCUGCCACUAACUUAUUUACACCAACCAUAUUUGCAGUCUUAUGUCUAAACCAGACAAGCUCUCUGAAAGUAGCGGUUUUCUACUCUGCCGGUAACAACGUCAGAGAGAGAUGCUGCAAAUAGUUUUUCCCAGUGAAACUCUAGAUGGGUGUUUUUCAGACGGCCACAGCAGGCGAUGCUGGCGGCUGUUGCUGUGGUUGCUGUGCGAUCAGCACCACCCGCUGGUCACAGGCAGCCCUGCCCGCCGCACGCACCCGUGCUGCUCUCUGAUAUAAAGGGCUCACGACUGCCGUCAGCACCAUUACGUGUCAAUCGAUUCUUUUUCUAUAUUUAUUAGAUAAUAUCUCUGUUUCAAAUUGUGGGAUUUUUUUUCUUCCCAUCACCUCUGGGUUAUUAUUUUUUUUUUUAGUAUCAUGGUUCACGUGUAUUUUAGGGAUGCAAGUGAGAAGGCAACAAAAGUGGAAGAUUGUGGUAGGGCUGUCCCCUUCACCUCAGAGCUGACACCAGUCCCUGCUGUAGCUUUGGAGCAACCUAAAUCCACAAGGCCUUUCCUUACAAGAGGCUGACUGAUUGCUAUACAGAGGAGGGAUGCUGACUGACUGUCAAACCUAACUUAGAAUAGUUCUGUUAUUUUUGGAUUCUUCUAAUAAUUAAAGCUUAAUGUCUACACAGGAUUUCUAGAAACUUAAGAUAUAUACUGGAAGUUUGCAAUGGCUGGCAUCUUUACCAGAUUCUGGCUAGUGGCUAACCAGUGACUGUUGAGUCAAUAACUGUCUGCUUCUGAAAAUGCCAUGAAUUUAUGAAAGUGGUCUAAUCUAAAAUAUUUUGUUAUAUCUUGAUCAGUGUAA